AUGCUUGACUGUGUUCGUACUACUGCGCGCGACUACGUUCGGCGACACACUGACAUACAGGAGCUCUUUGAGACGAAGCAUAACAAGUUCGUACUUCUUCAGGGUCUAGUGAAUAUGCGCAUACUAUAUUUUAAUCUUCCAUUGAUAGCUGGCACUAUCGUCAAGGAUCUGGAUAAGAAAACGAAGUCUUAUAAGGGUAAAGCCGUUUAUAAGCCCCUGUAA